GCUGCUGCAGCGACAUCCCACCGCUCUGCUUCAUCUGAAACCUGAAAAACCAUUAAUAAAACCAAACAGGCUCAAGAGCUUUUUUAACCUUUAAAAAAUAAGAUCUACCAGGUUUUUCAUUAAGAUUAAGAUUUCAUUAUUUUUUAUUUCUUAGUUCUGUUGCUGCAUCUGCACCACUGGAUUGUACCUCCUGUUCCUCCUGCAGAGACACCAUGAACAUCAGCCUGCAGCUGCCCGUAGAUUAGGACCAGAGUGCAGCCUGCCUUCAGCUUCUCUUCCCCCCUUCGCUCUAUCUUCACCGUCUGAUGGCCACAAGUCCCACCACUGCCGCCACACAGUCAUCCAGCAGCAUGGAAGAGUCCCAGCAGCCACACCAGCCAAUCAGCACACAGCAGGACGAAGAAGCCCAUCAUGCCACUGUGACUUCUCAACCAGUCUCUGCGGAGCAACAAGCACCAACCUCAGACGCUCCUGAUGGAAAUCAAACAGGAAAGGGCAAAGACAUGGACCUUCUUACAGUGAUGGAUGACAACAUAGAGACCAGUAAUGGCGUUGGUCCCGUGAGGGUCGAUUCCUCUCCCACAGUGUCCUCUGUGUCGCCCAAACUGCACGCUAAACCCGGGGGCCAUGCCAACGGUCGGUCUGGUUUGGGCAGCCGGUCCGGCUCGGUGGUGGGGGGCUCACCAAGGCCCUCACUCACCCGCCAGCCCAGUGCAAUCACAGAGGCCACUGUGGAUGGGUCCAAGCCAAGGGACUACCUGAUACUGGCCAUCCUGUCCUGCUUCUGCCCCUUGUGGCCCAUCAACAUCGUAGCCCUCACCUUUUCUGUGAUGUCCCGAAACAGUUUACAGCAGGGCAACAUUGACGGAGCGCGACGUCUCGGCCGUAAUGCCAUGCUUCUGUCGGUUGUCUCCAUCUUGGGAGGGAUCGUCAUCAUCACCACCGCCAUUGCCUUCAACUGGGGAUUGAUAUUAAAAUCCUGAUUAAAAUGGGGUUGUAUUGCAAGUCUGACUUGACGACAACAUCUGACCGACAAGACACUGCUCCCUCUGAUUUUCUGAAGCACUAUCCUUCUCAAGCGCCUGCAACAGAUGAAAACAAAUCUGUUCGUAUACUUUGCUGUUGUUUCUUGCUGCACGAAGAGCAUGGUCUGCCUGACGCUCUACCUCCGACACAACCCAACGACCAACCCACUCCUGAACCUAUGCCCGACUUGGAAACAAAGAAAAAAAAGUUGGAUCAUGAAAUGCUUAUAUUAUUCUUUAGUCACAGCUUAUCUCCUCAGACCACUUUUCUCUUUGAAGAAGAAAGGUCUUUUUGUCAUGGAAGUUGGCAUGUCUAUGGAAAUGGGAUUUUUUUUUUCUGACCUCUUAAUCAAUCUCAGUGCCACAGGUCCAGCAAUAAGCAAACUGAGGGAUGUGGUUUUCACUUUUUGAUGCCAAAAAAUGAGAAAAUGUGCUGAAUGGAAGCUGGAAAAAUCCUGCAAAGUGCUUGUUUAAUAUGGACUGAAGAAGAUACUGUGAGAGUCUCUGGACUGGAAAGGCUGGAAACAAACAGAUUGAGCUGUUUUUUGAGAAAGUUGUGGAUUGUUCCCUCAAUCAUCUGUUCCUGUAGGUGUUUGUGGUGCACACAUGCACAUGCAUAUGUCACUCACUAUACAGCUAUUUUGAAUUUUAAAUAACUCUGGGUUUCACUGUGUAAGGGAUAAUGUAUAGUGAGAGCGUUGUUAUAGCGGACUUGAGCCCCGACAGGUUGAGAAGAACCCCAACGCUAAGCAGAACAAAAGCACAGAAAUAAGAAUAAAACAGUUUAUUACUAUCAACAACAGACCUUCAUCUUAAAUAAAUGUCAAAGGAAAUUCUAUUUCAUCGACAGAUUCAAACCAACAUUGGUUGCAAACAGAUUCAUAUUGGUUUGACUCUGCACAUAACAUUUGCUGACUAUAAAAAAGAAAAGAAAAUCAACAGACACUUGUUACAAAGACUGCUGCUCAUAUUUGUGUUUUCCAUAUGUAGUUGAUUCAUCGUUCACAAUUCGACUGCUCCCCGAUCACAGGACUGAAUUUCUUUGGUUAACGUGAUUUUUUUUUUUUUUUUUCAAUGGGCACUUGUUUGCUGCCCAGAGGAAGAAUCUUGCGGUCUUCAUUUUUUAUUCAUUUUGGUUUGCUAAAUUGCUGCUACAGUAGCUUCUUCUGUGAUUAAAGCUGCCAGCUGCUGUUUGAAUCCCCUUGGUAGUGUAGCAAACACAAUACACUAAACAAAACAUCUCAAAAUAUAACACCCCUCCCUGUCCGGAUGGCUCCUAGAGUUUACACAUUAAAAGUAUAAAACAUGGAUUUAAGUCUUUUGCACACUCAGUCCGAUUUUUUUUCCGGCUGUACAAUCAAUUCAAAUCAAUACGUGCAGCUGUAUCUAUCUCAAAGAGGGUUGUAGGACAGGCUAGUAGAGUACUGUACUGUAGAUGUGGCAUCCCCCACUCGAACCUCUUUAGAAAGCGCAGAUUGGUUAGCAGUAAAUCAGCAGACCUAUUUAAUUAAAGACAUGGGCUUUGUUUAAAAAGGUCUUAUAGAGAGAGCCAAUGUCUAGCCCACUGUUCAUCUAGCUUCUUGGUACAAGCUCUUAUUAAGCAUUUCUUUGAUUUGACCUUUCUACAGGAAGUGCUAUUUGAGUUAAGUGUUCAUUGUCCAAGAACGAUCAAAUACUCUUAAUGAAAACACUUGGGAUUUCAACACACUUUUGGAAUAAUGGAAAAGCGAGUUAAGAGGCAGUCUGUUAUGGAACCCUGUCUGUCAAGCAGGUCACCCUUUAAGUGUCUGUCCAGGGCUUAUGGGACAUAGUGUUGGUAACACUGCUGAAAGAGAAAUAUUGCAAAAGCUGUGUUCUUUUUUCCCAUCAUAUGCUAAAAUAAGACAUUAGAAUGUAUUGUCUCUCAAUAUCUCUCUUCAUAUCUAUAAGAUGUGGUCAAUGGGACUCUUAAGUGCAGCUCUGUGCCUGUAAAUGGUUCCAGCUGGGUCCCUCUGAUUCAAACCUACUUAAUUAAUUUAUCUGACCACAGUAAGUGCAGCGUUUUCUACUUAAGUGACGUGAAGUGAUCGGCAGUUCGUCGCUGCUCCCUGUGAUCUCCAGGCCCUCUAUUCAUUUGGGGGCUUACGUUUACAUUUACACCACAGAUCUGGACUUGCACCGACUGUUCCUGUGCACCUCGAUGUGAUCUGACAAGAGAUGGAUCUGCCUUAUUUGUCUUGAUGUGUUUUAGAUUUUCUGACUAGUCUUUUGAGUCUAGUCCCCACACCAAGCCUCAUCCCCUUUGUCUUUGAAGACAUCAUUACUGUAGGAGAUUAUUAGGCAACUGUCCAAAAAAGUUCCUGCCUGUUCCUGAACAGUUUUCCGGGUGAAGUGGCCUUUGGUCUGGAAUCAAGAGAAACACCCCUUUUUUCAGUUGAGAGUUGAGAUCAUGUCCCAGUUGCAUUUUACAUAUUCUGCCUGCCCUUUUACUCUUCUGUCCUUUCUUUAUGUCCACUAGUUUUCAGCAGCUUGUGUAUUUCAUCCGUUCAGCAUUGUUGGUCUCAAUAACAACAAAAUUGCCUAUAGCUAAUAUGAAGGUCUGUUUUGAUAGUGAAAUGAAAUCUCAAGGAGGAGCCUAUGGUAUUUGGUCAUUUAACAAACUUUCAGAUCAGGAUUUUUGUUCUGAAAUGAACAUCCCGCAGCUUUAAAAUGUCCUGGAACAUAAACAUAAAAAAACUCUCUUGAACAAGCUAGCUUAAACCAUUGUGGCGUUGUGACACCUUUCACGGUUUACGCUGCUGUACAACAGCUUGAUUUACAUUGUCAAAGUGCUCAUCCUGUCCUUGUCAAAUCAGCUUUGUCUCAGCUUUCAGAGCCUCAGUGUGACGCUGUGCCAAACACCUGAGUGUGUGCCAACCUGCACAGGAAAAGCCCUCACAUUUCUAUUAGCCUGUUAUGUGUAAAGCUAACAGACACUCUUGUGGACGUACUGCGUUGGGGAAAUAAGCUGUUGUUAUGGAACAAAAUCAGUCUGUAUUUACUAUAACCUAUGCAUGUUUACAGUAUUUAUUACCGGAUGCUUUUACAUGAUACUGUAGCCUCAUUUAGCAGGAAAGCUAACUGAGUAGCACUUUGAAUAUAAAAAGUUUGGGAAAUUGUGAUAAAUCCACCAAGUUAUGAUAUCCUCUUUUUCUCUACACCUCUACGCUACCCACUCCUGUACUGUAUGUAGCAUGCCUGUUUACUAUUCACAUUAUGCAAAUAAAAGGUCCCAGCUCGAUGUCAGUAUGAAUGCUAGCUUCCCUGCUAUGGUUGUGUACUGUACACGGUGUUGUAUGGAUUUUGCUUGCGCUACUUCUCAGAGUUGCCUAUAGUGUUUAUCAACAAAGCCUCACAUUGUUUCUAUCAGAUAAUUUUACUGACUGUUAAAUCCCUUGUGCUGUUGUUUGUUUAGCUUCUUUUUUUUUUUUGUGUGUGUGUUAUUUGAUAUUUUAGCUGCUUACAUUUUAAUCACUGUAUUUAUGUGCAGGACUUAAUUGUGAACACGGUUCCACAUCAGUACAGUCAUUUAUCUUUAAAGCAACUGGUAAAAGUGCUUUAUCUUAAAGGACUCCUACAAUAUCAAAGCUGCCAAUUACAAUCAAAUUGUCUUUCACUUAAGAUGAAUAAAAAUUAAAUGAUGAGUCAUAAAAUAAUCAAAAUGAGUCAACCAGCUUUUCAUAAAUUGAAAGAAGCUAGCGAAAAAGAGUCUAGAGUAGUCACAGUCAAGUAAUGUGUACAAGUUGGAAUUGAAACCAAAUGAAUGGGUAAAUUACAGAGAGAGGCAGUAAGAUUACAUUUUUUUAAAACGGCCUUCUUGCAGUCAUGGUUGCUAAGCAGAUGCGCCGCGUUAGUACAAAACAACGUACUUUCUACAGUUUCCACAGAACUUUUAUUUUCAAACAAAGCAGUGUACAUAGAUGCUGUAUUUUGUGGUUAAUUAGAUGUUCACUUUUGGUUGCGCCUAUGAAAACCUCCUGUAUUUCUGUCAUGCCAUCUUUUUUCACUUCAUUCUUUUCAUUGUUUUUGUAAAAUGCUCCUUUGACACCAGAUUACCUGAUCUUUGUAUUUUUAUAUUUCUAUUCUCCGGAUCUCUUUUGUAUGAUAAUCUACUGUUUGUGACGCUCUAUAUUUGCUGCUUUUUGCUCGCUUUCUUUUUAAAUGGCAAAGGUUUGGUGGGUUCGCUGUUAGCAUGAAUAGACUUCCAUAUGUCUUUCUGUAAUUAUUGAUUGUGAUCUCCUGACACUGGACUCUUUUUGUGCCUGUGCAUGCCUUAAACUGAAUGCUUUUUAAAGCAUCCAAAAUGAGUACUCUAUGGGUGUUCACAAUACAUUUAUCCAAAACACUAUUGCUCUUAACUACUGAUGUUAAGUAUCUGAACAUGUUUCAAGGGAAUAAAUCCCAGUUCAAUACAACCUCCUCUGAGUCUGCAUAAUGUAUCUACCUGAGGGAAAACUUGCAUGACAAUGUUUCUGCAUCACCGGUGUGUUCAUGAACAAAAGUUCAGGGAGUUUAAUUCAUGAAUAAGUAUAUGUAUAAAGCACCUUUAAGGAGAAGAAGUCACAAUGCUUUAAAAAGAAGAUGAAAUGCAAUAAAAGCCAGUUCAAGUA